AUGGCCGAUAAAAACACUAAUAGAAAGCCUCAGCGCUUCAUUACCGGUCACAACGUUGAUGGCAAGGGUAUUAUCGAAGUUGUUGACGAAGGAUCAUGGCGGAAAAUCGACAACGACAUUGUGAGAUACAACGAAAUGUGGUCGACAAGCACCUUUCCGAUCGAUAUCCAGAACGACGACAAUUUGAAGAAAGAGAAGACUGUCAUGUCUCUGUCUUUACCCAACGGCACAGUAUUGAGGAUGGUCGACCGGUCCCCAGGCUCCUCCUCGGCCAUGCACCGCACCCAGAGCCUUGAUUAUGGUGUGGUCAUCGAAGGCGAGAUGGAGCUGAUCAUGGAUUCUGGGCAGAUUGUCACAUUGAAAAGAGGGGAUGUCUGCAUUCAGCGAGGGACUUUGCAUCAAUGGCGAAACCCUGGAAGUACCUGGAACAGGAUGCUCUUUGUCUUGAUCGAUGCUUUACCGCUGGAGGUGGGUGGGAUAGUUCACAGAGGCGAGACAGGCUACGAGCACGUCAAAGAGAUAGGUUCUCGUCUCUAA